GCCUCCUCAUCCACAGCGACGAACGUGCAGGCUCCGGUGCCGCUCUGCCUUCAGGAGAAAGAAAGUUAUUUCAACUUAAAGAACCGUUUUACCGAUGAACGACAUUAAAGACCGGAAAGAUACCUCCGUGUGACAGACGCUCUCCAGGUGGCCCCAGAUGGAUUGAAUCAAGUCUGGAAUAUGGAGGGAACUGGGCAUCUGCACAUGCGGAAUAAAAUUCCCUUCGUUGGCAUCUUACUGCUCUUAAUGCACAUGACUGUCACUGGUUUUACACUGCAAAAUUCAGAGAAGCAGUCAUGUCCAGCUGGAGACUUUCUCACUGAUGAGGGAAUAUGUUGCAACAAAUGCUCGGCAGGUUUUAAGCUUGCAGAAAAGUGUCAUGCUGCAGGCCAGAGGAGUAACUGCACAAUUUGUCCCAAUGGUGAAUUCACAGAGCACAUGAAUUCCUUCCCCAACUGCAGACGUUGCAAAACCUGCAAAGAAGGGAACAAUGAAUUUGUUAAAGCCAAAUGUAUACCACACCAAAACACUGUUUGUCAAUGUAACCCUGGUUAUUACAAAUCUAAAAUUGACUCACAAACAUAUGAGUGUCUCCGAUGUACACCAUGCCAACCUGAUGAAAGGCAACUUCAGAAAUGUUCAGAGGACAAAAACACUGCAUGUGGAUGUCAGGAAAACUACCACAAAGUUAAGGGCAAGUGCCAGCCCUGUGAGAAUUGCACAGAGCCUAAAGAUCCCAGUACAACCCAUAAGCCUACAAAAGGUCCAGACCAUAAGCUGUUCAUCCAAGUAAUUGCUGGAAUUUUGGCUGUGGGGCUCGUAUUAUUAUCACUGGUGAUUCUCCUCACCUAUAUGGUCACAAAACGGCAUACCAAGAAGAAGAUGAAGAGUACUUCCUUCCAACCGACUAGCACUUCCCUCGACUCAUGUCAGCAAAACCUGGUCAAUACUAACGAACCCUCGGAUAACAGCAGUGUGAAAACCGUCGCUUUCACACUGCAAACCUCUAUGAGUGAACAGGACAUGGCCAUUCUGCCUGAUUGUGUCCCCCUGGAAAUAAAGAUCCCUGACCUGAUCUACACAGUGCUGGAUCUGGUUCCUGUGCAGCAGAUGAAGCAGCUGGUACGUUCUCUUGGCUUGAAGGACACGGAGAUCGAACAAGCAGAGAUGGAUCACAGAUCCUGCAAGGAGGCUCACUACCAGAUGCUUCGGAUGUGGGCUGAGAGAAGCUCGCACUCAGUUGGAAGGGGUCGAUGUGGAAUACUACACCGACCGCUUUUAGAGGAGCUGUUAGACAAACUGAGACAGAUUCACCUGGGUUGGGCUGCAGAAGAACUUGAGACAAAGUAUGGCAUUCAGUGAUUCUGUCAUGCUUGCCAAGAUGCAUAAAGAGCUCAUAAGACCAAGUAUUGUUCACUGAGGGGACUCGUGUAUGGAUAGCUUCAAAGUGCACAAAUGAACAGGGUGCUACAAUCAAAGCAGCGGUUUAAUUUCACUGCAAACCAGUGAGACUGAGGACUCAGCCUUUCAUGCUGUGAACAACUAGACGCAAACGAACAAUCUUUUGUUGCAGAGAAAAAAUUAAUUUUGUAAUAUGUAGGUUCUUUAUUCUAAAGCAAGACGAUUGCUGAGAGGACGUGAUUUAUGAAGCUAGAACUUUACUUAUAUUAGCCUGAAGCUGAUCAGCUGGCACACCUCAGUUAAAAUGCAACAAGAUCCACCUACCAGUAUGUCUGAUAAGCCAGAUAAGUAUCUCUAAAUUUUUAGAACAAAAGGAAAGGAACAAAAAAAAUUGUAAUUUCUUUGUUUUGUUUUUGUAUGGGAAAUUACAGAAUGUAACAGCUUUUGGGUCUGUGGCCACGCUUUGGGGUGUUAUAAUAAGAGGCAAAUUGUAAUCAUCUCUUCAUCUAUGCAGUAAUGUUUGAUGCUUUAUUAAUCAAUCAGACAAAGUAAAAUUACAACAAAUAUGUAUUUGAUAUUUUUAAAGCUACUGAAAUAUAUUUAGGGUUAAAAUUUAAAUCUAAUAUAUUUGUUUGCUGGGCUUUUUAUGCGCAAAAAGUCCAUCAAUAGGAGACAUUAUCUCUAAUGGCUUGUGUUAAUCAGAAAUAUUCUCUGUUUUAGUAAAGGAGAACGUAUGCACAGAGAAUAACGUAAAAUCUCAGCCAUGUUUUUGCAUGACCCCAGUAUGUUUGAGCUGUCACAUUUUUAUUGCUUUAAUAAUCUGUAAUGUUAGAAAGGGCCUCAAUGUUUCAUUAUCAUUUUUUUUACAAAUUGCAACAGCAGCUGUAAGUUGACAAAGUAAUAUGUUGUUUUUAAAAAAAAAAACCAUUUGGUUUUCCAAAGAACUUGCACAUUUCCAAAGAAAAUUCAUCAAUUUGCAUGCAAUCUAACAUUUUCUUAAUGUAGUUUCUAUUGUUUUGCUUUUCAUUCAUGCAAACUUGUUAUAUGAAAAAGUACAUUUUUACUCAUUUGUAAAUAAGAGGUUCUAUAGACAAAUAUAUGCUGUCUAUUUAGUAUCACUAUACUGUAAUCAUUUAGAUUUUUGUGUUUUUAUGAUUUCAAACACAUGUAUUUUUAUGUAAUUGAUUGUAUUUUAGUACAAUUUUCAAUUUUCUAACUUUUAUAUAUUUAUAACCCAGUCUUGUAUAACCAAGACAGUGUAUUAUACCUACCUACUUUAUCAUUUUUUAAGUCACCUAAGCUACUCUUUUUCUCUUAUUUAGACACUUAUAUGUUAUUCAAACACUUAGAAAGAUGAAAAUGAUUGGGUUUUGUUUUUCUACAAGGAAGUGUCAAAUUAAAUGGUGGCUAUUUAACUAGUGUCAUAGAUUUAACAAGUAAUGUUUUAAACGUAGUUCCCUAUUAGGAAGAUCUACUUUAUUAGAAAUAGCAAGACCUGAGGAAGUUCGUACUUCCACCUUAGUGGUGAGCAGACUCGUGCCAUGUUUUACAAGUCCUUGACAGCCCUAUUCACGUUUUAAAAAACCCUAUCAUAGAAGCAUUAUUUGUGACUGUUGGAGAAAUCAGGACACGCCUUGUCUGUCUGUCUAAGCCUGGCAACUUUUAAGAUGCCAGUCUUGGCCUGCAGAUUUGAACAAGCAUUGGUGAUGCACAGAUUGAAGGUGUGUCAUUCAAAAGCAUUCUUGUGCUGUUUUACAGUGUAUAUUUUUGUUUAUAAGUGUCAAUUUAUGAAUCCAAAAUAAAGUUGUCAACUGUG